AUGAAUACAGACAUCUUGGAGGCAUGUAUGAAUACAGACAUCUUGGAGGCAUGUAUGAAUACAGACAACGUGGAGGCAUGUAUGAAUACAGACAACGUGGAGGCAUGUAUGAAUACAGACAACGUGGAGGCAUGUAUGAAUACAGACAUCUUGGAGGCAUGUAUGAAUACAGACAACGUGGAGGCAUGUAUGAAUACAGACAUCUUGGAGGCAUGUAUGAAUACAGACAUCUUGGAGGCAUGUAUGAAUACAGACAACGUGGAGGCAUGUAUGAAUACAGACAUCUUGGAGGCAUGUAUGAAUACAGACAUCUUGGAGGCAUGUAUGAAUACAGACAUCUUGGAGGCAUGUAUGAAUACAGACAACGUGGAGGCAUGUAUGAAUUCAGACAACGUGGAGGCAUGUAUGAAUACAGACAACGUGGAGGCAUGUAUGAAUACAGACAACGUGGAGGCAUGUAUGAAUACAGACAACGUGGAGGCAUGUAUGAAUACAGACAACGUGGAGGCAUGUAUAAAUACAGACAACGUGGAGGCAUGUAUGAAUACAGACAUCUUGGAGGCAUGUAUGAAUACAGACAACGUGGAGGCAUAUAUGAAUACAGACAUCUUGGAGGCAUGUAUGAAUACAGACAACGUGGAGGCAUGUAUGAAUACUGACAUCUUAGAGGCAUGUAUGAAUACAGACAUCUUGGAGGCAUGUAUGAAUACAGACAACGUGGAGGCAUGUAUGAAUACAGACAACGUGGAGGCAUGUAUGAAUACAGACAUCUUGGAGGCACGUAUGAAUACAGACAUCUUGGAGGCAUGUAUGAAUACAGACAACGUGGAGGCAUGUAUGAAUACAGACAUCUUGGAGGCAUGUAUGAAUACAGACAUCUUGGAGGCAUGUAUGAAUACAGACAACGUAGAGGCUUGUAUGAAUACAGACAACGUGGAGGCAUGUAUGAAUACAGACAUCUUGGAGGCAUGUAUGAAUACAGACAUCUUGGAGGCAUGUAUGAAUACAGACAUCUUAGAGGCAUGUAUGAAUACAGACAACGUAGAGGCAUGUAUGAAUACAGACAACGUGGAGGCAUGUAUGAAUACAGAAAACGUGGAGGCAUAUAUGAAUACAGACAUCUUGGAGGCAUGUAUGAAUACAGACAUCUUGGAGGCAUGUAUGAAUACAGACAUCUUGGAGGCAUGUAUGAAUACAGACAACGUGGAGGCAUGUAUGAAUACAGACAACGUGGAGGCAUGUAUGAAUACAGACAUCUUGGAGGCAUGUAUGAAUGCAGACAUCUUGGAGGCAUGUAUGAAUACAGACAUCUUGGAGGCAUGUAUGAAUACAGACAACGUGGAGGCAUGUAUGAAUACAGACAUCUUGGAGGCAUGUAUGAAUACAGACAACCUUGAGGCAUGUACAGUCUCCUGCAGGAUGUGUUUUCUUGAGGUUCAACUGGGACUUUCCCCACUAAUUAAGUGUGAUGUCGGCGACACGUCGUGUCAUGUGGGUAAUUUACAUGAGAAUAUAUGUAAGCCUGGCAAUCAUUUAGAGAAUAAAUCUCUCAUUCUGUUGACAUUGUUGUGA